ACGUCUCCGGGACAUUUUCCAGGAUGGCAGUUUCCAGCCUACUUCUGAGCCUGGCUGCUCGGGCACUUACGUUUCUCUUCUUUCUGCUCGUCAUUGCGUUUCUUGGCUACUGCUUGUACAUUAAAUACAUUCAUAUGAAGUAUGACCACAUCCCCGGGCCGCCGAGGGACAGUUUUUUCUUUGGACACUCACCAACGAUGUUGAAGGCGAUGAAAAAUGACGGAAUUAUACACGACAAAUUUCUGGAGUGGGCCGAGAAGUAUGGACCUGUUUACAGGAUAAAUGUGCUUCACUACGUUUCACUGUGUACGUACUGUCCAGAGGCCACCAAGGAAAUCCUGAUGUCCCCAAAGUACCCCAAACAGAAGUUUGCCUAUAAAAGACUCUUCUACCUGUUUGGUCAAAGGUUCUUUGGAAAUGGGCUGGUAACAGCACGGGAUCAUGAGCAGUGGUACAAACAGCGACGCAUCAUGGACCCCGCGUUCAGCAGCCUGUAUCUGAGAGGUCUAAUGGGAACCUUCAAUGAGAGGGCAGAGAAACUGAUGGAUAAACUUGCAGAGCUUGCUGACAGUAAAACAGAAGCUAAUAUGCUCCAUCUUGUCAACUGUGUCACCCUGGAUGUUAUUAGUAAGGUUGCCUUUGGGGUGGACUUGGACCUCUUGAAGAAUAGUUCACCUUUCCCUAAAGCCAUUGAGACAUGUCUGAAAGGAAUGGUUACCUAUGUUAGAGACAUAUUUUUUGAGUACAAUCCAAAGAACAGAGGAUACGUCAAUGAGGUGAGGGAAGCGUGCCGCCUGCUCCGUACAACUGGAGCCAAGUGGAUCGGUGAGAGAAAGACCGCCAUGCAAAACGGUGACGAGGUCCCCAAAGACAUCCUGACACAAAUCAUCAAAACUGCAAGCCAAGAGGAAAACAUGACUGAAGAAGAUGAAGAAUUCAUGCUGGACAAUUUUGUGACAUUCUUCAUUGCAGGCCAAGAAACAACAGCCAAUCAACUGGCUUUUUGCAUCAUGGAGCUUGGAAGACAUCCUGAAAUACUGGAGAAAGCAAAGAAAGAGGUCGAUGACGUCAUUGGGAUGAAACGUGACAUAAGCUAUGAUGACUUAGGAGAGCUGGUCUACCUGUCACAGGUGCUAAAAGAGACUCUGAGAAUUUACGCCACAGCUCCGGGCACGUCUCGUGAUGUUGCUGAAGACAUGGUGAUUGAUGGUAUCCACAUACCCGGGGGAUUUAGUGUUAUUUUCAGCUCCUAUGUGAGCGGGAGAAUGGAGAGAUUCUUCAAGGAUCCACUGAGAUUUGAUCCCGACAGAUUUCACCCAGAUGCUCCCAAGCCUUAUUACUGCUACUACCCCUUUGCCCUCGGUCCUCGCUCGUGUCUGGGACAGAACUUUGCUCAGAUGGAGGCUAAAGUGGUGAUGGCCAAACUGCUCCAGAGGUUUGACUUCACUCUUGUCCCGGGACAGACCUUUGACAUCCUGGAUGCUGGCACGCUCAGACCAAAGAGUGGAGUGUUGUGCACUUUGAAUCACAGGGAUUACAAAAAUAAAUGAUCUUAAAGUACUUUACAUAAAAAGUGGUCUAUUUUUGGUCCCUGAGAUAUAUUAAUAUAAGCAGAAAGAAGAAGUACAGUUUCAACAGUAUGUCUCAGUUUUUCUACAUGAUUAAGAAAUGCUUCUUUAGUAACUGAGAUCAGCACAACUCUUUGAGUCUAAAUUGUAGAAAUAAAUGUGUAAAAAGAUCAUUGUCAAGAACAGAAUGGAUUUUCUCUUCUUUUUUAAAUUUUGUUUUACUGAGGACUUGUUGUUUUUGUUGUUGUUUUUUUGUUGCUGUUUUUAUUUUUACAAUAACAAAAAACCCUAAAAUUUCUAUAGUAGAUGGUGAAAAAUAGGAACUUUUCUGUCAUUAAAUUGUUUAUUUACGACUGAAUUUCAUUGCUGUAAUAUUAAUGGCCAUGGGCCAAUUUGGCCCCCGGCCUCAUGUUUGACACCUCUGUUUUAAAGGGUAAAACUGAUUGAUUUGAUUUAUAUUCCCGUCUAAAACUUGUGAUUUAAAAAAAUUGAAUUUAAAGAAAAAAUUGUGUCAUGUAUGAACUACACUGUAAAUUCAUAUGAAAUGAAUGUAAUUAUUCUUAUGUCUUCAUUACAAUAAUAUAUAUGGUAAAAUUAUGGGGAGUGCUGGGUAUAAUACCAUUUGCACUUGGCAUUUAAUCUUGCACAAAAUCAUCACAUAGUUUGAUGUAGUGACUUUUUUGUAAUAACCAGUGAGCCAAGGAACCUUUUGUGCCUGCAUAGCAUUCAAGAUUUUCUUAAAAAUGCUGCAUGUUAUGGAAAUGAAAAUAAAUUUUGAGAUCCCACAGAA